CGUACUUAUUGAACACUCCCAAUUGCUUCCCACCCUAAACCCUAAAAAACUUCUGAGGAACAGAGCGGUGUUAAGAAGAAACAGAACCAAAGAUGAGACCACCACGCGGCGGCGGGAAUUUUAGGGGAAGGGGAGGAAGAGACGGCGGCGGAAGUGGACGUUUUGGUGGCGGCGGACGUGGCGGAGGACGCUAUGGUGGUGGUUAUCGUGACGAAGGACCUCCCAGCGAAGUCGUUGAAGUUGCAACCUUUCUCCAUCCUUGUGAGGGAGAUGCUGUGACCAAGCUAACGAAUCCGAAAAUCCCACAUUUCAAUGCCCCAAUCUACCUAGAAAACAAGACCCAGAUUGGGAGAGUUGAUGAAAUCUUUGGUCCCAUUAAUGAAUCUCUGUUUACUAUCAAAAUGAUGGAAGGUGUUGUAGCUACCUCUUAUACUCAAGGCGACAAGUUCUUCAUUAACCCUGAGAAGCUUUUACAUCUAUCAAGAUUCCUUCCUCAACCAAAGGGGCAAUCAGGAGGUGCUCCCCGUGGUAGAGGAGCUCCCCGUGGAAGAGGUGCUCCCCGUGGUAGAGGAGCUCCCCGUGGAAGAGGCAAUUUCGGAGGUGCCCCCCGUGGUAGAGGGUUUCAACCAAGAGGUGGUUUUCGUGGAGCCUUCAGAGGCCGAGGGAGAGGGUAGAUUCAUAUUCUAUAUAGCCUUAUGUAACUCCUUUUUAUCUUGGAUUAUAAAAAUGCUUAUUUAAGAACCAUUAUGAUGGUAAUCGUUUUUCAGAUUCUAGUUUUUGAUACUUAGCUUUAUGAAAA